AUGUGUGCAUUCAACAGAGGAUUUUACUCUCUUAUAUCUGAUUUAUUCCAUAGGGGUCUGGCAACUGGAAUUUACACCACCAACUCGCCCGAAGCUUGUCAGUAUGUGGCUGCCAGCAGUGAGGCCAACAUCCUGGUAGUGGAGAACCAGAAACAGCUCGACAAAAUCCUGCAGGUUAAAGAUCAUCUACCUCAUCUGAAAGCCAUUGUCCAGUACAAAGGCGAGCUGCAGCAGAAAGCACCAUUCCUGUAUACAUGGGCAGAGUUCAUGAAGCUGGGAGAGGAUGUGCCCGACGAGCAGCUAAAUGCUGUGAUUGACAGUCUUCGGGCCAACGAGUGCUGUACUCUCAUCUUUACCUCUGGAACCACUGGCAACCCUAAAGGAUGCAUGUUGAGCCAUGAUAAUCUGACAUGGACGGUCCACAGGGCAGCUUCCAUGCUCAACUUAAAGCACACUGAGGAGAGGAUGGUCAGUUACCUGCCGCUCAGCCACGUGGCCGCCCAGCUAGUUGACAUGUGGAUGUCUAUUUUGUGUGCCAUGACCACCUACUUUGCAGAGCCAGACGCCCUCAAGGGCUCCUUAGUAAAUACACUUAAAGAAGUUCGUCCAACUUGUUUCGUGGGGGUUCCUCGAGUGUGGGAGAAGAUGCAGGAGAAAAUGAAAGCUGUUGGGGCCAAGGCAUCCCCAAUGAAGAGGAGAGUGGCGGGCUGGGCCAAGUCUAUUGGCCUGCGGUACAACUACAGUGUCAUGAACAGGCAGAACCAGGUGCCCUGGGGCUUCAUGUUGGCUAAUAAUCUGGUCUUUAAGAAGGUCCGUGAUUCGCUGGGCCUAGACCGCUGCAAGUUAUGCUUCACGGGCGCUGCCCCCAUCACCAAAGAUACUAUGGAGUUCUUCAUGAGCCUGAACAUCCCUUUAUUGGAGCUAUACGGUAUGAGUGAAAGCUCCUGCCCACACACCAUCUCCACUGACACCUAUUACCACCUCACAAGCUGUGGAAAAGUGAUGCCAGGCAGCAAGACGAAGCUGGGGAACCCAGAUGAGGACGGGAGUGGAGAGAUAUGUAUGUGGGGUCGGCACGUCUUUAUGGGCUACCUGGACAUGCCGGAAAAAACAGAGGAGGCUCUCGACCAGGACGGCUGGCUGCGCUCUGGAGAUCUGGGAAGACACGACCGGAAUGACUUCCUGUACAUCACAGGAAGGAUCAAGGAACUGAUCAUCACUGCAGGUGGAGAGAACAUCCCUCCUGUGCCCAUCGAGGAUUCAGUGAAGGCCGAGGUGCCCAUCAUCAGCAACGCCAUGCUGAUCGGAGACAAGCUGAAGUUCCUCUCCAUGCUGCUCACGCUCAAAUGUGUGGUGGAUGACAGCGGUGAGCCCACAGACGAGCUGAGCCCCGAGGCUUUGAUAUUCUGCCAGCAGCACAACGUCACAGCCACCAAGGUGUCCGAGAUCGUAGCCAAUAAGGAGCCGGCGCUCUACCAAGCCAUACAGGAAGGCAUGGACCGCUCCAACGCCAGAGCAACGUCCAACGCCCAGAAGAUCCAGAAGUGGGUGAUACUGGAGCGAGACUUCUCUGUCAGUGGAGGUGAACUAGGACCUACCUUGAAACUGAGGAGGCCCAUUGCUGUGAAGAUGUACCAGGAGGAAAUAAAUGAAUUGUAUGCAGUGGCCACGGAAAGACAGUAGACUGUACUGCACAGAGAUGAGAUAAUACCUGGGGCACGUUUGUAUUGUGCCCAGACGUCAUGUUGAGAAAUGUAUAAAUCUCUUUUUACCUGCAUGUUUAAAGUGCAAAAGAGGU